AUGGCAUGGGGAGGAAGCAAACCACAGCCAUCUGCCGCCGGUUCUGCCUCUACUACCACCACUCCGGCUCCUGCUCCUACUCCGGCUUCAAUUCCCACUCCGGCUGCUUCUACCCCCAGACAGCUCGUCAUUCCGGGAAAACAUGUAGACCAGUUCCGCUUUGACUCGUCCCAGAUGCUGCCUCGCUCAGAGCUCAAGAAGCCCGUCUCUGACAUCCUCAGGGACAUCAGCAAGAAGUCCAAGGUCAGACUCGAGGUCAGGGAGGGUGCCGGUGGUGUCUACAUCUUCGAGGGCACCGGCAACGUCGACGCCGUCAGGCAGGCCUUGAAGGAGGUUGCCCAGCAGGUUGGCAGCACAAAGAAAUCGGUCAAGGUCCCGGUGCCGGCUUCGGCCAGACCACACAUCAUCGGCCGUCAGGGAGCCGUCAUCCAGGGCAUCCUCGACCGCACGGGAGCCCGCAUAGACGUCCCCAAGCCGGACGAGUCCAAGCCGCUCGACGACGACGACGAGGACAACACCAUCGAAAUUACCAUCGAAGGUGACGCCCUCGCGGCAGAGAUGGCCCGCAGAGAGAUCGAGGCCCGCGUCAAGGAACGCACCUCCAACAUCAGCCUCCGUCUCAAGACCGUCGCGCCCGAACUCUUCCCCUUUAUCGCCGGCCCACACAACCAGUCCAUCAGCAGGCUCGAGGAGCUCACCAAGACCCAGAUCCGUGUGCCCAAAUACCACACCUGGGGCCACCGUCCCCCUCCACAGGAGCCAUCCUCGGCCACAGCUGCCGUGGUAUACACUCCCGACCCAGACCAGCACAUCAUCAUCGUUGGUGAACGACAGGCUGCCCAGGAGGCCCGUACCCAGAUCGAGCGCAGAGCCCAGCUGCUGCAGAGACGCAUCACCCUGCGUCAGCUCGCCAUCAACCGCGGACAGCACCAAUUCAUCGUUGGCGACAAGGGUGACUCCCUGCACGACUUUUUGGCCUCGACCGGAUGUGCCAUCGUCCUGCCUCCACCAUCGGACGACACGGAGUUCCUCACCAUCACGGGCCCCGCAGAGAGCAUCGAGGCUGGUGUCAACCGCGCCAUGGAUCUGGCUACCAGCAUGCAGAUGGCCAACAUCGACGUCUCGCGCCAGCACCCCAACGCCCCCUGUGGCUCGGAUGUGCAUGCCCGCGCCCUGACGGCCUACCUCCAGCACCGCCGAGUCAUCGAGCAUCUCGAGAAGACUCACGAUUCCCACAUCGUCCUGCCCCUCGAAACGACUGCUGCCUCCUCAAACGCCCCCAUUACCUGGGAAGUCUACUCGCGAAACGGCAAAAAUACGAUCCUGGCACGCUCUGAUAUCAUGAACCUGAUCCAGGCCCUGCCCCCGUCAAAGCUGGCCACCGUGCCCGUCGAUCCGUACCUGCACGGAUACCUCCGCUCGCGUGGCCUGCCCCAGCUCAAGGAACAGUUUGGCGUCCACCUGGUCGUGCCUGAAACCGCUGCCCUACCCUCAUCCGAUGAUAGGCUAGUCAACCUUGUCCUCGCCUACGAGGGCCCAGAAGAAGUCACCGCCCAGAGCCCCUGUCUCAAACGUCGCCCCUCAAGCGAGGACGCCGCCGUUUUCCAGAAAGCCCUGCGUGAAGCGACGGAGUAUUUGCGCUCUGUCCUGGGUGAUCCCAGCGACGUCGCUUGCCAAUCUGUCCCCAUCCCGCCCAAAUACCAUGACAGACUGCGCCGUUACGUCGCCCAGGAUCAAGCCAGCUACGGCGAGACGCAUAUACCCGUCAGCCUCGCAUUCGCUGCUGCUGGUAACAGCAACAACGCUAGCAACGCCACUAUCCGCGGCCGGUCAACCGACGUAGAGAACCUGGUAGCUAAGCUAGCCACCUUUGUAGCCGACCAGGAACGCGAUGACCGUGAGCGCAACCACGUCACUACAUUCGACUUCCCUCAGAAAUACGCAAACUUCCUCAUCGGCAAACGAGGCGAAAACAUCAACAAGCUGCGUGACGAGUUCGACGUAGAUAUCAAAGUCGAAAACGGCAAGGUAGACAUCAAGGGACCCCCCGCAAAGGCCGCACUAGCAAAGACUCGCAUUCUUGCUCUGGCUAAGAAACUCGAAGACGAAGCUACCUAUGUUCUCAAGAUUGCACCACAGUAUCAUCGCGACCUUAUCGGCCAGAAGGGAAGCCAAGUCAACCGUCUCCAGGAACGGUACAACGUCCGCGUUCAAUUCCCUCGUGCCAACAACAGCAGCAACGUGGCAGACGACGUUUCCGUAGCCGACGCAAGCGAAGCCGCCGGUCCUACCAACGGCAGCGGUAACGGCAACGGCAACGCUCGUUCCCGCCCUGCCCAAGCAGCGGAUGAAGUCAUCAUCCGCGGUCCCAAGAAGGGCGCCGACAGCACCCGCGAUGAAAUCCUCUCGCUUUACCAGUGGCUUGUAGACCACUCGCAUUCAGCUGUUGUAUCGGUUGCUCGCGACCAGAUACCGUCCCUGAUUGGCCAGCGGGGACGAGAGAUGGAUAAGUUCCGUGCUGAAACGGGUGCGCAGAUUGACAUUCCUGGGCCCGAGGCUGCAGAGGGCGAGGCAGGAGCCAGAGUCGAGAUCCGUCUCAAGGGAACCAAGAAGCAGGUCGAGGAUGCGAAGAAGCUGCUUCUUGCUAGGGCCAGGGACUUUGAUGAGACAGUCACUCGUACCAUUGAGGUUGAUAAGAAGUACCACAAGGCUCUCAUUGGUGCAGGAGGCGCCCACAUACGUAAACUAAUCGUUGACUGCGGCGGGCCAGACGACACCACCGCAUCCCGCGUGGUGAAGUUCCCGCGUGCCGAAAGCGAUGAAACAACCAUCAAGCUCGAAGGCAAGGAGGCGGUCGUCACCAACCUAAUCAACGCAAUUGAAGAGUUCGUCCGCCAGAAGGAAGACCAGGUGACCGUCUCCCUUGACGUGCCUCAAUCGCAGCACCGCCAUCUCAUCGGCCGAGGAGGCGAAACCCGCCGCCAACUCGAAUCCCAGUUCAACGUGAUCCUAGACGUGCCCAAACAGGGCUCGAACCGGACCGACGUCAAAAUCAAGGGUCCCUCCGCGGCCGCUGAACAAGCCAAAUCACACAUCGAAACCAUGCUCAGGGACCAGCAGGGUGAAACGGUCGAAGUACCAGCUCACUUGCACCAUGUGAUAUCCGACAAUGGCGCGUUUUUCCGCCAGCUACGUAAUAACCAUCAGGUCACCGUUGAUCACGCAGGGCACAAAGUACCCGCCAGACCAUCCCCUGCAGCCAUUGAGUCGCGCUCAGAUUCAACCUCUCUCCCCCUCAUCACUGACGCAGACGAUAGCACGCCCGACACUUUCUCAUGGAAAGUCGUCGAGCCGGCCACCCCGUCUUCUGAGUCGGCUUCAACAACCAUCCCCUGGGUACUGUCCGGUUCGCCCGAGAACGUAUCCAAGGCCAAAGCACUGCUUAACACAGCUAUCGCCUCUGCCUCCCAGCCGUGCUGUACGGGAUACUUGAUCCUUCCUGAUCCCAAAACCUACCGUUUCGUUGUGGGUACGGGCGGCGCACAAAUCAACGCUAUCCGCUCCAAGACCGGAUGCAGGAUUAACGUCCCCAAGGGCCAGGCUGGCGGAGAAGCGAUUGAAGUCAAGGGCUCAAAAGACAACGUCGAGUUGGCUCGCGAGAUGAUUCUUGAUGCUGUCAAGGCCGGUCUUGCCGGCGCCGGGUCGAGGAGGUAG